AUGUCUGCUUUGUUCGUUCACAGAGCCGCCUUCACCUUGCGUGCUGUGGCCGGCAACACCUCCAGAUCCUACCUUGCCUCUUCCUUUUCUUUGCAAAUGGCAAGAUUGUACUCAUCCGGAAAGUUCCCCCCUCACACUGUCAUCAACAUGCCGGCUUUGUCGCCAACCAUGACCCAAGGUGGUAUCGCUGCUUGGUCUAAGAGCGUUGGUGAUGAGUUGACUCCUGGUGAAGCCAUUGCCGAGAUCGAAACCGACAAGGCCUCGAUGGACUUUGAAUUCCAAGAAGAAGGUUACUUGGCUAAGAUCUUGGUUGAGGCUGGCACCAGCGACAUCCCUGUUGGUAAGCCAAUUGCUGUUUAUGUUGAAGACAGCAGCGAUGUGCCUGCUUUUGAAAGCUUCACUGCUGAAGAUGCAGCCGGUGCCGAGGCUCCUGCCCCAGCACCAAAGGAGGAGAAGACCGAAGAGCCAAAGGCCGAGGAAAAGCCUGCCUCAUCUGCUCCAUCUAAGCCAUCUACCCCAUCUAAGGCUCCAACUGGCAGAAUCUUCGCCUCUCCAUUGGCCAAGACCAUUGCUCUUGACAGAGGUAUCUCUUUGAAGAACAUUAAGGGUUCCGGUCCAAAGGGCAGAAUCAUCGCCAAGGAUGUGGAGAACAUCAAGCCUGCCGAAGCUGCUCCAGCUGCUUCUGCCGCUCCAGCUGCUGCCACCUACGAAGAUAUUCCUCUUACGGCUAUGAGAAAGACCAUUGCCUCCAGAUUGUUGCAAUCCACCCAACAGUCACCAUCUUACAUUGUCCAAUCCCAACUCAAUGUCUCCAAGUUGUUGAAGUUGCGUCAAUCCCUCAACGCUACUGCUGAAGACAGAUACAGAUUGUCUGUGAACGACUUGUUGGUCAAGGCUAUUGCUUUGGCUUCCUUGAGAGUUCCUGAAGUCAACUCUGCUUGGAUGGGCGAAGAAAAUGUCAUUAGACAGUACAACGUUGUUGAUGUUUCUGUCGCUGUCGCUACCCCUACUGGUUUGAUCACCCCAAUCAUUAAGAACGCUCACACCAAGGGCUUGGCUACCAUUUCUGCAGAAGUCAAGGACUUGGGUAAGAGAGCUAAGGCUGGUAAGUUGGCUCCAGAAGAAUACCAAGGCGGUACCAUCUGUAUCUCUAACUUGGGUAUGAACAACGCCGUUAACGCAUUCACUUCUAUCAUCAACCCACCACAAUCUGCUAUUGUCGCUAUUGGUACUGUUGACAAGAAGGCUAUUCCAUCUUCCGUGAACGAGCAAGGUUUCGUUUUCGCUGAUGUCAUCACUGUUACCGGUACUUUUGACCACAGAACUGUGGAUGGAGCCAAGGGCGGUGAAUGGAUCCGUGAAUUGAAGAAGAUUGUCGAAAACCCAUUGGAAUUCUUGAUCUAA